AUGGCAGCCCGGCCGGGCCCUUUGACAGAAUGGCCAUGGCAUUGGUUGGGCAGCUUCAAGUACCUGGUCUUGGCGCCUGCGGCGUUGCACACUGCGCACAGUGUGGUCACCAAGGGGUGGGGAGACAUGAACCUAGUAUACGCCGCCAUGUUACCAGCAAUGCUUCUGAGGAUGUUCCACAACCAGAUCUGGAUCAGCUUGUCUCGCCACCAGACUGCACGGAGGAAGCACAUCAUUGUAGACCGCGGCCUUGAAUUCGAUCAGGUCGACCGGGAGAGAUCCUGGGAUGACCAGGCCAUCCUUGCUACGCUGUUUUUCUACUUGGCCUAUGCGGCCAUCCCGAGUGUCAGACUCAUGCCAAUGUGGGAAACAAAGGGAGCUAUCAUCAUGGCGUUGCUUCACGUAGGGCCUAUUGAGUUUAUCUACUACUGGUUCCACAGGGCGCUGCACCACCAUUUCCUCUACUCCCGCUACCACUCACACCACCAUGCCUCCAUCGUCACAGAGCCUAUAACAGCUGUCGUCCAUCCAUUUGCUGAAACCUUGGCUUACUUUCUGUUAUUUUCGAUCCCCAUGCUGAUACCAAUUUGUAUGGGAUAUGGUUCGGUGCUCGGUGUUGUCCUAUACCUGGCUUACAACGACUUCAUAAAUAAUAUGGGACACUGCAAUUUUGAGAUGCUCCCAAAGUGGAUCUUCCAACGGUUCCCUCCUCUCAAGUAUCUCAUGUACACUCCAUCGUAUCAUUCUCUCCAUCAUACACAGUUUGGUACAAACUACUCAUUGGCUAUGCCAAUCUAUGACUACAUAUUCAACACCAUGGACAAGUCAACCGACGAGCUAUAUGAGAGAACACUGAUUGGAACAGAGGAAACACCCGAUGUUGUUCACUUGACGCAUAUGACCACCUUGCAAUCGAUUUAUCAUCUAAGGGUUGGGAUCGCCUCUGUAGCCUCUCGGCCCUCAGAUAACCAUGUAUGGUAUAUGUGGAUGAUAUGGCCAAUGGCAUGGCUAUCAAUGGUACUAGCAUGGGUUUAUGGAUCAUCUGCGUUUGUCGUCGAAAGUCUCAAGCUGAAGAAGAUCAAGAUGCAAACAUGGGUGAUACCAAGAUACAACUUCCAAUAUGGCCUGAUUAGGGAGAGGGAACCCAUCAACAGGUUAAUUGAGCAGGCAAUAUCAGAAGCGGAUGAAAGAGGGGAAAAACAACUCAAUGGAAGUGGUGAAUUGUUUACACAGAAAUAUCCAAAAUUAAGAGUUCGACUUGUUGAUGGAAGUGGCUUAGCAACAGCAGUUGUUCUCAAGAGCAUCCCUUUAGAUACAAAGCGUGUUUUUCUCUGUGGAGGCUCUUCUAAGGUAGCACAUGCCACAACUACAGCUUUAUGCGAGAGAGCUGUCCAGGUAAUCGUGAACCAAAAGAAGGAAUAUGACAUGCUGAAACUGCGGCUUGCAGAGAGCAGCACUACCUACCUAAGAUUCUCCACUGAUGAAAUACCUCGGGUCUGGAUAGGAGAUAUCAUAGAUGGUAAGCAACAAAUGGGGGCACCAAGAGGAGCAACAUUUAUUCCUACAUCACAGUUUCCCCUUAAGAAGAUACGCAAGGAUUGUACUUACUUGAGUAACCCUGCAAUGAAGAUCCCACAGGCAAUGCAGAACGUCCAUACCUGUGAGAAUUGGCUUCCAAGAAGGGUGAUGAGCGCAUGGCGCAUUGCUGGAAUGGUACAUGCACUAGAAGGUUGGGGCAUCCAUGAGUGCGGAGAUGAUAUGAUGGACAUCGAGAAGGUCUGGUCGGCAGCUAUUAAGCACGGAUUCACUCCUCUAUAA